UGAUUUGAUCGACUACAUGUUAAAUAGUAUAUGGUUAUAUUUUCAAACUACUCGUUUAUUGGUGAAUAAAUAUGUCGUCACCAAUAAAUGAAAACGAAACAGAAAAAUGUCCAGAUGUACAAGUAUACAACACGACUGAUAUUAAGCGAAACUUUAAAGGAGAUCGGAUGAACUUUAUACUGUUACUGUUACUGUACACGAUGCAAGGAUUUCCUAUAGGCUUGACAUCAGCUAUACCGAUUCUUUUGCAAAGCAUGAAAGAUGUGUCCUACCAAGAUCAAGCUUUGUUUAGCUUGGUAAUAUGGCCUUUUAGCUUAAAACUCUUAUGGGCUCCAUUAGUAGACGCGCUUUACGUACGAAAAAUAGGAAGGCGAAAGUCUUGGCUCUUACCAGUUCAAUACUUAUUGGGGUCAUGUUUACUUUAUAUGUCUAAUGACAUAGAUACUUUGUUUCCUAAAACGGAUAAACCAAAUAUCAUGACAUGGACAUACAUGUUCUUCAUAACUAACAUUCUAGCUGCCACACAAGAUAUUGUCAUCGAUGGUUGGGCCCUGACAAUUUUAAACAAAAAAAAUUUAGAUCAUACAUCCACGUGUAAUACAACAGGCCAAACAAUUGGUGUAAUGUUAGGCUCCAUGGUACCAAUUUUGCUUACGUCUGAAGACUUCUGCAAUAAAUACUUAUGGGUUGAGCCAGAAACGGGAGGAGUAGUCUCAAUAGAAAGUUUUUUUUUCGUUUGGGGCAUUAUAUUUAUGUCAGCAACAACAUUAAUUGCCAUUUUUAAAAAAGAAAAAGAUCACUUAUUGGAAGAAAAUCAGAUAAAACUCAAUGUUGCACAAAACUAUGGGCUAAUAUGGGAUAUUUUAAAGCUACCUGGUAUUCGGAAAUUGACAUUGGCAUUAUUAACAGCAAGGGUUGGAUUUUCUGUAACAGAUAGCGUUACAUAUUUGAAACUUAUUGACGCUGGAAUAUCAAAAGAUGACAUUGCAAUCAUUAACACUGCAUUAUGCUUGAUAAAAAUAUGUUUACCAUUACUGUCAGCAAAAUACACUUCAGGUCCAAAGCCAAUGAGCAUAUAUUUAAAAUCAACAAUUAUGAAAUUAACGUGGAGCAUUGCGUUUCUUGCACUAAUUUAUAUUACUCCACGAUUCGUAAUUAAUAAUGGUUUCGUAGAUAUUCCAGUAACCUAUUACGUGGUUUUAAUAUUUGUAUUAUUUGUAGAUGAGAUUGUAUCUUACAUUAUGUUUGUUGCUAUGUUAUCUUUUUUUUCUCGAAUAUGUGACCCUCGUUUUGGUGGUACUUAUUUAACAUUAUUAAACACAGUUUCAAAUUUGGGAUUUACGUGGACGUCUACAGUAGCACUUGGAAUGAUUGAUUUACUUACGAUUAAAGUAUGUUCCAAGAAUUCCAAAAAUUAUUGCUCCACAAUGGAUCAACAAAACACAUGCGAAACAAUUGGCGGUGAUUGUGAUACUCUAGUAAACGGCUACUAUAUAGGAACCUUUAUAUGUAUGAUCGUUGGAUUGCUUUGGAUUUGUGUUUUUAAAAAUGUUCUUAAAAGUCUUCAAACUAAAAGUUCUUGUUAUUGGUUGGUGAAAAUAUGACUCAAAUAUUAUGAAAAAUAUGGAGGAUUGAGUGUAUUGAGAUAAUUAAUUCGAUUGUUUACAUCAUAAAAGAACUGAAACUAAAAUAAUUAGAU